UGUUGGUUUUACAAAAUUAGCCUACACUGAUUGUCGUGUACUUUAGUUGUUGACUGGAACUAGUUGGGAUACUAUUUUCUUACUUGUAACUUUCCUACUGCACUAAAAUAUUUGAAUCAACGAUAUCCCACAAUGAUUUCAAUUAAGUUUUGGUUGGUCGUGGUCGGACUCGUCGCUAUCUUCUACACAAACUCAAUCUCGGGCCAACCCCUGAAAGACGACGCCGGUCUGAAGCCAUUCCUCAACAAGAAGUACGAAUUGACAUCGUCCGAUGAGAACUUUGACGAAAUCAUGAAGAUACUUGGAGUCGGCUACGUGACGAGGAACUUGGGUAAACUCGCCAAACCUGUGAUGGAACUUUCCGAAGACAACGGCGUGUACACACUGACAUCCGAAUCUACUUUUAGAAAUACCAUCACUAAAUUCAAGAUCGGAGAAGAAUUCGACGACGAAACCCCUGACGGACGGAAGGUGAGGUCCACGUUUACUCAAGAAAAGAACAAGUUAAUUCAAGUUCAGCGUGGCGACAAGGUGACUACGAUUGUACGCGAGUUUGCUGACAACGAAGUUAAAGUGACUGUGAAGGUUGGCGACAUUGCUAGCGUCCGCAUAUACAGCGCUUUGUAAACUGAGACUUGUCGCAGCAUUAAUUUUUAAUUAUGGUCCACAAUGUUAGUUUCUCUGAUAACUCUUCAAACAUUUCUGUUGGUCUCUCGUUUUGCUUAGUGUUGUAUUUUGUUUAUGAUACUUUCCUUAAUGUUUGUGUUCAUAUUUUGUUUAUUUUUUUCAAUUUACUGUUUGUCUUCAUUUGAUACAUAGUUUUCUUUGAAUUUUCAUUAAAUUUGAACACAAAAAUCA